UGAUUGGGACGCGACGCGUGCGAGUAUGGGGUUUGCGCGCGUACCCCGCGAAGCGUACCGUGACAGCAUCGCGCUUUGAACCGCGCUUGCGACCAACAGCAGCAGCGACGAAAAACGAAACGAUCGCGCCAACGGGGAAAGAGGAAGAGCGAGAAGGGACGACGAGAGAAGACAGCUCUCUCUCUCUCUCUCUCUCUUUUUCUCUCUCAGUCUCUGUAUGGCUCCUAUGUAUCUUUGAUACAUUUUCCUCCCUUUCUCUCUCUCCCUCUCGUGCGCUUCCCCUGACAACGCAUCCUCCGGCGCGGAAGCGCGCGCCUGAUCGCGUAUGUCGCCGGGAAAUCCACCGGCUUCGACAGACAUUCGAUUUUCCGCUCGAUGAGUGAAGGAUCCGCCGCGCUGCCGUGGUGACGGGUUGACCGGUGCGCGCCGCGAUCGGGAUCGCCUCGCCGCGCCUCGUGGUGAUUCGGUGGUGGUGAUUUGGGAAGGACUUCCUCCUCCCCUGGAUUCGUGAGACAAGCUUUUCGAAUCGUUAAAAUCAUGUCGGUGCUACUGGAAGGGAGGUCGUACAGGCCGUUCAAGUCCUCGGAGGAGUACCUGAUUGCGAUGAAGGAGGACCUGGCGGAGUGGCUGAACGCCCUGUAUCCGGAGCUCAGGAUCAAUCUUGACAAUUUCAUGGACAGGCUCGACACGGGCGUCGCUCUGUGCAAACAUGCGAACAACGUGCGGAAAUACGCGACGGACUACGUGGCCCGUCGUCAGGCCCGCAAGAUGCCGAUGACACGCUCGAUAACUUCGCUGGCGCUGCCGAUGAGCCAGGUAGGCGAUGUGCCCUACCUGCCGAACGCCAAGGCCGGCACCUUCUUCGCCCGCGACAACGUCUCGAACUUCAUCGAUUGGUGCCGCAACAGCCUCGGCAUCAUCGAAUGCCUGCUCUUCGAGACCGAGGAUCUGAUAAUGCGUAAGAACGAGCGACACGUAAUAUUAUGCCUGCUGGAGGUGGCGCGCCGCGGCGCCAAGUUCGGCAUGCUCGCGCCGUUGCUCGUGCAGAUGGAGAGGCAGAUCGACCGCGAGAUCGCCGCCGAGAACAAAGCGGCGAACGGCGCCGGCAACGAGGAGAGCGAUGACGAGUACGAGGAGGAGCCCUGCCUCAUAUACGGACCGCAGCCGCAGAUCGUCACGAACGAUCUCAAGACUCUUCACGAGUUGGUUCGCGAUAUCGUAGAGGAGUGCACGUGUCCGACACAGUUUCCGAUGAUCCAUGUGGCUGAGGGUAAGUAUCGGAUCGGUGAUACCAAGGUCACGAUCUACGUCCGGGUUUUGCGUAGUCACGUGAUGGUGCGUGUCGGCGGUGGAUGGGAUACCCUCAGCCACUAUUUGGAGAAACACGAUCCAUGUCGAUGCAGAAACUCACAUCGCUCGAUGGUCUCAGCAAAACUCAUUCAAAAAGCCGGUGGAUCCUUCGAUCUGGGCAACGCGCAGGUGCAUUACGAACGAUCAUCACCUCCGAGAACUCGACGGAGUUCCGCGUCGAGCGUCGGCUCGGUGCAAAAUCUACAAUCGGCGCAGCUGCACGCACCACCCAGAAGCAUUUCCAGCAAUCGCUCGCGAUCGCCCACACCUCACCGGCCGACAGCCGGCAGCAAGCAACAGCAUCAGCAGCAAUCGUGCGACGAGCAGAAGAAGCGCUCGAGAAGUCCCACGCCGCAUAGGAAAUUGCUGGCGAGCCCGAAUCACCAGACCGACUUGGCGAAGCAGAGAUCAAGGUCGCCGACGCCUAGGGCGAAUCUGAGAUCGAGGAGCCCGACACCGCGGAAGAACACGGAUUCGUCCAGGAGAAAUGCCAACGAAGAGGCGCGGUCGCCAACGUAUCAUGGGAAAUCACAGGAAAAUGGCCGAGAGAGCGGUAUUAAGGUGCCGGGCGAGUUCACUAAACGAUACGUCGUGGAGGGCGGCGUGGCACGCCGAGCCGUCGAGAGGGACGACACACCGAAGUACGAACCGUCCAUCUACAACUACAAGUGCAGCGAGGACUCGAGCGGCAGCCGCAGCCCGACGCCGAGCAAGGAGGAGCAGCCGGCCCUCGAGACUUUUGGCAAGGACACCACGGCGAACACCCAGAAGUCACCGCACGGUGACGGAGAGCACUCGGACAAUUGCAGCGAGGUGUCCGACGAGGGUUACCGUAGUCUCGGUGCCGUCCAGUCGUCCACCGCCAACGGGAAUUCCGCCAGCACACAGGGCUCGCCCACGGUUGCCGAUUGUCAAAAGCAACCUCCAAAAGCGGAACCCGAGGAAAAAUCUGGUGUGGAGACUGACAGUAUCGAGACCGGAUUGCGGAAGGUAGUCCGGAAAGAUAGGCUGAUGAGUCCUUUACGAGUCUCGUCCCCGUCCAGGAGCGGGGCGUCCUCGUCGACAGGCGACAGGACUCCCCGCGCCGGUUCCAUCGCGCGAGAGAACAGUAACUUAUCCAAAGCGUCGUCCGGCAGCAAGACGCCUAAAGAUAAUUCCAGUCCGGAAGGUAGCCCACUGAACCGAGGAGGUUCGAUUCGCAACAAGGCCUGCAACGGAAGUUAUGGAACGCUACGAAAGUCAACGCCGACCGGAAGUCUCAGCAAGGUGUUAUCGCCGAUAGCCUCACCCAAGUCCUCCAAAGCGCCAGUAGUCGGUAGUAGCGCCACAUGGAACGGCCGACAGACCAGGCGGCGGGCCAGCAUUCAGACGGACACCUUCUUGGAUCCGAGAUCCACGCCGGCCACGUGCGCCACAACGCCGAGCUUCUCACGGAAGAGUCCGGGCAGACAGAGUCUGCAAUCCCGGCCAAGCCCGAACUUUGGUAUGCAAUAUGACAGAAACGGCAGGAGGAUCAGAACCACCAUGGGCACCGCUUCCCUCCAAUCGUCGCCCACCAAAGCGACGAAUCCCUUGCUCGACCAGAUUCUGCAGAAAUUGGGCGACCUGAAGGACGAGCGCCAGAUGGUGCAGAAGCUGCAGGGCCUCCUGAGAGACUACCAGACCACCACGACCGACGGUGCCGCGGAUAUGGACUUUGCCAAAGUGUGGGUGGAUAGUAACGGGGCGAUGACAGUGCCGCAGGACGUUCAGGUUUCGGUCACUCCCAGAAAGGACCCGAAGCCCCAGGAAGGAUGCUCGAGGAUACCGGUACCUCGUGCUCUCUCCUACAAGAGACCGAUGUCCGUGGCGUCGGACAGCGUUUGAGGGUGGUUCCUCUCCUUUAGCCACGAGGAUCGAGAUACACCAGGUAGCCUUCGCGUGUUAGGCUAAGUUAGACUGAUCGAGUAGGUGCUGACGUCAAUGUGGGCAACCAGGCGCGCGCGUAAGUAAUUGCGCUUCUCGCCGUGCUUGAUUCUUGAUUCGAUAGCUAAGGUCGGACGUCUUGAUCAAUAAGGGUAGGAAUACGUUUUACAUGUUUUGGAUAAUUAAAUGAAAAGGUAUUUGACGGAUUUAUAGAUCUAUAGCGUAGAAAUUUUUAGAAGUAAAAGUGAAACCGAAAGUGUAUAAUGAGGAAUGAAUUUCAUUGCAAGUCGAUCAUUUUUACAUAAAUGUUUUAUUUUUACAGCAUACUAUAAAAUGUCUUCGGUCAGUAAUAUAUGUUAUAGAAUAUUAAAAUAAACUUUAAGUUAAUGAAUUUUAAGAUUUAAGAAUUUUAAGUAUUAACUACGAUUAGCACUUUACUUUUUUUGUUUUUAAUAUUGAAAGAAUAUGUUUUAAGAUUAUCUUUCAGAAAAGAUGAAAUUUCUUUAUACAUGUUAUACAGAAACGAGAUUAUUUUUAAAAUUACUUUUUAAUUAUUUUUCUAAACUUAACAAGUAAAAUCUCAUGAGAUUCUGAGUCAAAGAUCUAAAUUUAUUAAAAUCAACCGUUUUGAGAAAUUCCAAAAAUUUGAAAUUUAAGCUUCUACAAGUUUCGAUAUUUCGAAGUUUAAAUUUCGAAAAUUUUUAAUAACAUUAAAUGCCUUUCUAACAUUUCAAUGUUUGUGUUUUACGCUCGAGUUAUCGUGAUCGCAAAUAGUUUGAUGCUUAGAAUGUUGCUUUCUAUUUUUGCUCUUUGCCUGCACCUUCAACGACUAUCGUUGUAGAUCGAAGACGUCCGACUGAAGAGUAACUUAACGGGCCUUAACGGUACGGGGUCAAUCAGUUAGUAGUUCUUAGUAGUCACGUAUCGGGGUGGUGCUUAGAUGGUGCUGAAGAAUGAAACGACGUUUACGAUAGACAAUGAAGUGAGCAAAAGAGAGAUGGAGAAAGAGAGUCGAAUGAGUAGGAAAUUUGUUCCGUAAACGAGUUUUCAGUUGAUCAAUGCGGAAUCAAAAGUGGACAAUUAGCUAUGGCGAGUCUUGCGUUAAUGACAUCCCAAUUGAUUCGCUUCCAGUCAUUUCAUUGCAUAUCCCGUAGGUAUGCUUAUCGAUUAUUGGCCUUAAAACAAUAAUCCUUAAAUUAUCAUGUAAAAUAUUUUAAAAACUGAAAUUCUUUACUGCAUUGUUAAGCAAUUAUUGUGAAUAUAAAUUAUCGAAAAUCCUGAUGAUUUUUUUGAAUCUAUCUUUAACAUAACGAGUCAAGAUACUUCAAGAACAGAUACGAUCGAUUGACGAUGCCGAUUUCCAAGAUCAAGUGAUCGGAAAAGUUGAAAGAUCGUCGAAAAGACCGUAGCAAUUGCACGCUCAAUUGUUUUUAUCGUUCGCAAUCAAUAACGCCUAAUAAUUUUUAUUUAAAGAGUUAUAUAGUUUAUCGGAUAUAUUUAUCAAAGAUGAUUUAUUACACGUUAACGACCUCGCUCGAAGGAGAGAGAAAGAAUGGAAGAGAACGAGACAGAUAGAGAAAGAUAAAGAAGGAAUUGAUUAGACAUUGAAGAGAUCGAAUGAGUGAUUCGUCGAAUGAAAAAUCAAACGAACCCCUCCCCCUCCCAGCCCCUCCCUCCCCGUUCACCCAAUAUAGAGCAGACUGCAUUGUGUAGAUAGCGACGUGUGUUGUCGGACAAAUGCCAUUCCAGUGUUUAACUGUUUUUUAUACCAAACGCAAGCGUAGCGCCAAGUUUUUUACCAAGUGUCUUAGUAAACGGAUUAAGGCGGAGAGAAAAAGGUUUAUUUUGUCGACGAAUAGCAUGGAAGAGGGAUAUUUUUUAGUAUCACGACGUGUAGGGGUAGACGUGUAGGUCACAUACGACAGCCGCGAGUAGGAGCGUUUCCGAUAUUCGGACGGUAAAUGUCGGUCUUUUCUCCGUUCGUUUCCGCCGGAGCUUUCAGGAAAGUCUUCUUUAAUCGUCUGCUGUAGAUGUACGUUUUACCGUCGGUCAGGAAAUACGUGAGAAUCCCGAGGCGAACAUCCCGAUACACAGCGGGGAUUAUAGCCAGCGACGGAAUCGAAGGCCGUCUUGCCUUAUUCGGAAUUCGAGCAAUUUCCUAUACGUACGUCUCUUUACGCGUAUAUACAUAAACGACGUGUCUUCUGCACGGGUAUGCGCGCGAACUAACAUUCUGCCUGUAAAUAUCUUCGCGAACAAUUUUUCGGCGACGAAUCUUUUACCCCUCGCCUUCCCCCCCUUCCCCCUCCGGGCUUAUAAUUAUUAAAUUGAUCUCUAGUCUGUAGACGGCCAUUGUGUGUACCCACUUAGUUCGCUUCGAAAGGGCUCGCGACGAUGUCCGGUGAAUGUGCACGCAUACACACAUAACGGUUGGUCGAGGAAAACACGGCGGGCUUACCUGCGACUGGAGUUCGGUGCUGCGCGGACAAGGCGUUCCAUCUUCUGUAAAUAUAUAUAAUGAAUGCGUUGUUAAAAGCAUAUCUUCGUUUUCUAAGUGUAAAAUACGUUCUGCUAAGUUAAGCUGACUUAACCCUUCGAUAAUCAUCGCCGCGAUUAACGCGGGUUAUUUGUUGCGUCUCGUUAGUUUACGCUAAAAAGAAAAACAAUAAGAUACGUAUUUUUAUAUUUGAGACUUCUCGAUACGUAGAACGCUAGCGGAAAUAAUUCUUUGGAAACUGUAUUACGAGAGUCAAAACGUCGCUUAAAUAAUAAUGCAAGCAUGUCGAUGUUAUGUGGCGUACACAUAUCGCAUAUGAAAAUUCUUCGCGUUUUCACGGAGAAUUGAGUAUCCGUCAUUGAAGGGUUAAGUAUGCGCGAGAGAUACUGAAUUACCGAGCACCACUCUCAGCGAAAAUCAGCGAGAGAUAGCCGAACACUGGAGAGAUUCGUAUCGCAUGCGCGCGCGUAAACGUAAGAUAUUUCCGUCGUAUUUUGCCCGCAAGAAAGUCACACUUUUCUUAAUUCGCAUUUCCUCAAAGCCUCAAUUCCUUAGAUUUCAAGUCAAUCGAUAUUACCGUCAUCUACGUAUUUUCCAAUCCUGAGAUAGAACGCGAAUACAUAUGUGGAAUAACAAAUAAAAGGAAACUAUAUUUGUCUAUAUAUUGGAAAAAUACAUAUAUAUUUAUUCAUGUAUUGAAGAACCGCCACACGAUGCAGCGAGCAAUGAAAUCUCAAGUACUCGCGCAUCGAUAUGUCCGAUCGAUCCGAGACGAUCCAUUCAAAACGAUCCCUGCGUUUACGCGAAAAUUUCGCGCUCGGCUGAGUUUCGCUUUUCUUAAGUCAUAGUAUCGUAACACAGUGCACCAGAGCGAUCUGGUGAUAAGAGGAAUAUUUUACUCGUUUUCUCGUUACAGCGCGCAAUAUCUUAGGCGCCGGACGGCUAAUCCUUAGUCCUAAGCUUUUGUAACCCCAGCGAUUUCACGGCCGUGCGUUAACGAUUAAGCAAUAAUCGAUGAUUAUCCCAAUAAUAUUGAUACUAUUAUUGCAGCUAUUGCUAUGAUGACGACCGACGAUUACUAUUAUUAUUAUGAUUAUUAUCAUCAAGAGAAUAAUAAAGAUUAAUUGCUAUUAUUAUAUGCAACGUUGCCUAUGUUACAUUAUUUUAUCUACGAACAGUUGUAAAUUGACCAAAAACUAUAUAAAAAGAUUAAUAAAAGGCCUUAACAAGAA